UGCCUCAGUCUUGACACAUGGUGAUGAUCAUCACAUUUCUUACACACACAUACACUCACGCACUUCAAGCCACUUAUGCCGGUGCUGUAGAGCAGGAUCUUUCACUUGUCGUUAUUAGACGAAUGAUCGCUUUUUACCUGCUAUACAUAGGCCUGUCUUUUCAUUUCAGUUACAUUUUUCCAAAAACCAUUUUUGUACGGAAUAAGAGAGAAUAUGUCCAGACCGCUCACAAUGAAUCCAGCUUUCCUACCUCCGCAAACUAACGGCGUUUUGAAGGCGCUCCUGGAAAAACCUCUGAAACUAUCUUUGCAAGAUGAAGGCUACGGGAAGGAGAGAGAGAAGGUGAAAAAGCUAGAAGAAGAGAGAAACACUCCACAAUCGGCUUUCUUAGGGCCAACGCUUUGGGAUAAAACAUUGUCUUAUGAUGGAGACAGCUUUCUGGAGUAUAUGGACCUUGAGGAGUUCCUCUCUGAAAAUGGCAUCCCCUCCAGUCCCGCACAACAUGACCAAAGCCUCCAUCAGAGGCAGCAGCAGCAGCAGCAGGCUUCAAUGCCACAGGCCCCCAUCUCAGUCAUGGACCUCAGCAGUCGGCCCAUCACCUCCAUCCACACGGGCAUGGUUCCUCAGAACUGCCUCCACGGUCCAGGCAGACCAGUUUUGCCUCCAUCACGUAACACACCAAGUCCUAUUGACCCGGAGGCCAUUCAGAUACCAGUGAGCUACGAGCCUGAUCCGGCAGACCUCGCUCUGUCCAGCGUCCCGGGCCAGGAGGUUUUCGACCCAAGGAAAUGCAAGUUCUCCGAAGAGGAGCUGAAACCUCAGCCUAUGAUCAAGAAAGCACGCAAAAUCUUCAUUCCUGAUGAUAUGAAGCAGGAUGACAAAUACUGGGCACGGCGCAGAAAGAACAACAUGGCCGCCAAGAGGUCACGGGACGCUCGGCGCCUAAAAGAAAAUCAGAUUGCCAUCCGGGCUGGUUUCCUGGAGAAAGAGAAUGCGGCUCUCCGACAGGAAGUUGCCGACAUACGGAAAGAGCUGGGGCGGUGCAAAAAUAUCUUAACCAAGUAUGAAGCUCGGCAUGGCCCCCUGUGAGACUCCCCGGGUGCUCGUGAAGUUCCCCUCACCCGCGCCCUUCCUAUUCGAAGGACAAUAUUCUCGGGUUAAGGUCCGCUGGGCCUGUUUUCCAGUCAGCCCUCACCUCAGUCUGUUCUUGGCACCUUAGAAGGCAGAAACGUUUCGUUGUGUGGUUAUUUUAUACAUCUUGUAGAGAUCUCUCACUCUCUUUCUGUAUUUGUUAUCGCAAACAAAGCCAUCAUUGUUUGCCAACCAUGUAUAUUAUUUUAGUGUGUUGUAGCAUUUGUCCACAAACGUUUGCCUUGAUUUGUCAUCAUUUAUCAGUCAAAUCUGAGCUAGCAGAUCUUCUGCUGCUCCUACAGACUCACAUGUAUGCUGUAUAUGAGAGAGGAGGUCCAUGUGCAUAGCUACUACAAGCUUCGGGCGUCUUAGAUUUUGUGUCCGUAAAGACAUUAUUCUCACAGACAGAACAGAAUGUAGCAAGAUUUGAGAGUUUGAAACAACUUUAUAUAAUCAUAAUUGCUAAAUAUGUACAGUACAGUCCAAAAGUUUGGAACCACUAAGAUUUUUAAUGUUUUUAAAAGAAGUUUCGUCUGCUCACCAAGGCUACAUUUAU